AGCGCAUCUAUUAUACUGCCUUGCCGAGGAUAAAAAGAAGAGCAACUGGAGGGACUGUAAGGCAAACGUUGCUGGAGCUGCCGGGGCAAAUUUGCUCUAGGUUGUAUGGUUGCACCCUGGAAAUGGGAUGUCAGUCCCAUGCAGGGAGCAUAAAGGAAGAAAGAAAAUCUCCCCGUUGCUGCCGCAGUGACAGCGAGUGAGAGCCCGAGCAGGAAGAUGUCGGCAGUCGCCUCAGCCAUCCAGGCUCCUCAGGGCCCCGUCAAUCCCCCGCCUCCAGAGGUGACAAAUCCCAACAAACCUGGCAGGAAAACCAACCAGCUGCAAUAUAUGCAAAAUGUUGUGGUGAAGACCUUGUGGAAGCAUCAGUUUGCUUGGCCUUUCUACCAGCCUGUUGAUGCAAUUAAACUCAAUUUGCCGGAUUAUCACAAAAUAAUAAAAAACCCCAUGGACAUGGGGACGAUCAAGAAGCGCCUGGAACACAACUAUUACUGGAGUGCCAGUGAAUGUAUGCAGGAUUUCAACACCAUGUUUACAAACUGUUACAUUUAUAACAAGCCCACAGAUGACAUUGUCCUCAUGGCCCAAGCCCUGGAGAAGAUAUUUCUGCAGAAGGUUGCCCAGAUGCCUCAGGAGGAGGUGGAGUUGCUACCCCCAGUUCCCAAAGGCAAAGGUCGCAAGCCCUCAGCGGGCACACAGAGCACAGGAGCGCAGCAAGCCGUGGCCGUGUCUUCCGUGUCCCCGCCGGCGCCGUUCCAGAGCGUCCCUCCAGCCGUGUCUCAGACGCCCGUCAUCGCUGCCACCCCCGUGCCAACCAUCACCGCCAAUGUCCCGCCUGUCGCCGCCCCUGCCGCCGCCGCCCCGCCCCCGCCCGCCGCUCCGAUCAUGCCCGUGGUGCCUCCCACGCCCCCGGUCGUCAAGAAAAAGGGAGUGAAGAGGAAAGCAGACACCACCACGCCCACCACAUCUGCCAUCACUGCCAGCAGGAGCGAGUCCCCCACGCCGCUGUCGGACCCCAAACAGGCCAAAAUCAUCGCGCGCAGGGAGAGCGGCGGCCGCCCCAUCAAACCACCAAAGAAGGACCUGGAGGAUGGAGAGGUCCCUCAGCACGCAGGGAAGAAGGGCAAACUCUCUGAGCACCUCAAGUACUGUGACAGCAUCCUCAAGGAGAUGCUCUCCAAGAAGCAUGCAGCCUAUGCAUGGCCCUUUUACAAGCCCGUGGAUGCAGAGGCUUUGGAAUUACAUGACUAUCACGAUAUAAUCAAACACCCCAUGGAUCUCAGUACUGUGAAAAAAAAGAUGGACAGUCGGGAAUACCAGGAUGCACAAGGUUUCGCAGCAGAUAUUCGGUUAAUGUUCUCUAAUUGUUACAAGUACAAUCCUCCAGACCACGAGGUGGUGGCCAUGGCCAGGAAGCUCCAGGAUGUCUUUGAGAUGAGGUUUGCAAAAAUGCCCGAUGAGCCUGCAGAGGCCCCCCCUCCACCUCCCCCAACAGCCCCAGUGGUGAGCAAAAGCACAGAGAGCAGCCACAGCAGCGAGGAGAGCUCCUCAGACUCCGACAGCUCCGACUCCGAGGAGGAGCGAGCAACUCGGCUGGCCGAGCUCCAGGAGCAGCUGAAAGCCGUCCAUGAGCAGCUGGCUGCACUGUCCCAAGCGCCAGUGAACAAACCAAAGAAAAAAAAAGAGAAGAAGGAGAAAGAGAAGAAAAAGAAAGAUAAAGAGAAGGAAAAAGAAAAGCACAAAGUCAAAGCUGAGGAGGAGAAGAAACCCAAGGUGGCUCAACCACCAAAACAAGCCCAACAGAAGAAAGCCCCAGCUAAGAAAGCGAACAGCACAACCACAGCUAACAGGCAGCCCAAGAAAGGAGGCAAACAGGCAUCUGCAACCUACGACUCGGAUGAGGAAGAGGAAGGGCUGCCCAUGACCUACGACGAGAAGCGACAGCUCAGCCUGGACAUCAACCGCCUGCCCGGGGAGAAGCUGGGCAGGGUGGUUCACAUCAUCCAGUCCAGAGAACCCUCCCUCAGAGACUCCAAUCCCGACGAGAUUGAAAUAGAUUUUGAAACCUUGAAGCCCACAACGUUACGAGAACUGGAGAGAUACGUGAAAUCUUGUUUACAGAAAAAACAAAGGAAACCAUUUUCUGCCAGUGGCAAAAAGCAAGCAGCAAAGUCAAAAGAAGAGUUAGCUCAGGAAAAGAAGAAAGAACUAGAAAAACGGUUACAGGACGUCAGUGGGCAGCUAAACAACAACAAGAAGCCUGCAAAGAAAGAGAAAUCCGGCUCCGCUCCCUCCGGAGGCCCCUCCCGGCUCAGCAGCAGCUCCUCCUCCGAGUCCGGGAGCAGCAGCUCCAGCGGCUCCAGCUCGGACAGCAGCGACUCGGAAUGAGCAGGGACACACGGACACACCCCCAAACGGACACCCCUGCUCUGCAGCGUCCCCUCCCCUCCUUACCCCUGCUCUCGGGCCACGGUGGUCAGGUUUUAUCCCCUCUCUCUUUUCUCUGACUUGUUUUUUAUUUUAUUUUUUAACUCAGUGUUACAAAAGGUAUUUUCCUUUUUUUUUUUGGGGGGGGGCUCUCUUUUAAUAGGUCAAAGAUCUUUGAGUGUGUGUGUGUGACUAGACUUUAUGACAAAUAGGUCCCUUUGCAUAAAGUCUCUAAAAUUUACAUUUAUCUGGAGAAAAUUGGUCGAAAAUGGAAGAACUUUGAGCUCUUAGCAGGAGAUAAAUAGAAAAUUCUGCAAGGUUUGUAGUACAUUUCCCUCCCAGCCCUUCCCUCUCCCCAGAAUAUUCUCUUUUAAUAAGCCUGCCUGGCUCACACAAGGUAAAAACCAUCUUUUUUUAAAGAAAUCUCUGUAAAAUGGUACUGUAUCUGAAAGAUGUUAGCUUUUGAACUAGUUGGUGUAUUUGUUAUUAGCACUAGUAUUCUUAAUCUCCAAGUCUACAGUGUGAUGAAAAUGUCAGAUGCUAUCAUCUUUUUUACAUAAAAACAACAAAAAAAAAUCCAAAAAAAUUCUCAUGUACUGUGGAUUGCUAACAUGCUUUUUUUUUUAAAUCUUGCUAGAGGCAUAGGCACCUGUUCAGGAAGGUCUUGAAGCAUGAAUUUAACUUUUAAGCACACAAGCAAUAGAAAUUGGUUGCAUUUCUUGGUUUUCCACUCAAAAGCUUCACUUUUCCUGGGGAUUCAUUGGGAAGAAGGGAGCAAGGGACACACUCAAGUUUCUUGGGAAUGUUAUUUUUACCAUUAAACAGAUCAUUUCCAGGAAAUGGGGCGCUCUCUAUGAAAGUUUCCAUGGAAUUGUCAGGAGGUUUUUUUGGCUGGGAGUUGUCAGCUGGAGCCUGGAGUGAUCCCUGCAGUGCCCAGCACGAGUCAUGUGCCCAUUGCUGGGCACAUCUUGGGCAUUUUCUCCAUGACAAACACCUCAGGCUGGGCUUAAAAUAAAGCAGCACUUGAGCUCCAGCUGAGCCUGAGCUGGCAGGGGAAGUGGAGAGGGAUUAUUUUGUGUGUGUUUGGGCUUUUUGCUUUUGAGUUUGCUUUGCUUUUCUCCCUUCUCCUCAUAGGAGUGAGCUCCUAGAAAAGGGAAUGCUCCUCCUGUGUCAGGCAGGGUUCAAGUUCCAGGCACUGAAAUGUUUUACCUCAAUGAAAAGAAGAAAGAGGGGAGGGAGGAGAAAAAAAAAAAAAAAAAAGCUAAUUUUUUUAAAGCUUGCUAUUUUUUUAAAGCUUGCUAAUUUUUUUUUAAAGCUUGCUAAUUUUUUUCAGCCCAGCCUAAUGUUUUGAUCCGCACUGCUGCAAAUACACCCUGGUUUCAGUGUCCCUAAUUUCAUGUAUAUACCAUGAUUUUAUUUAUUAAACACUAUUGGUCGUUUAAAAUAUCAUAAAAUCUAACAAAAGCAAAGCUGAGGUUUUGCAGACCAGCAGACAGGAAGACUUUUAAUGAGGUUUGAACCAGAUUAAAACAAACAAACAACAAAGCAAAUAAAAAUCCACAAUUUUAUUUAUAUACCUUGGACUUUCUACCUACAGGUGCUACAGUCCAGUCUCUCGUGUGUCUGGUGCUCUGUCAUGUUUGGUGUGUUAAUUUUUAGAUUUUUUUCCUCUUCUUCUCACCCCAGCUCCCUUUUUUCCUGUUUUGUACAGAUUUUGGAGACAUACACAUCAAUACAAUUUUAUUUUCUCAGUGGUCUUUUUUCCUCCCCUCUUUUUUUUGUUUUGGUAGAACAAUGGGGGUUUUAUCCUUUUCUAAUCCAAUUUUAGGGAAAUGCCAAUUCUAUAAUUACAUCCAAUUUGUAAUCUGAGGGGCAGAAGUUUUAUUGUAAAUUCUUUUUAUUGUAAAGAAAAAAAAAUACACAGAAUUUAACAGAAAAUUCUGCCUUUCCAUCUCCAGCACCAGCCCCUAAAACUGCCUCUCCCCUGUGGGGUAGCCCAAAAAUUCACCUUCUGUGCUCUCCCAGUGGUGGAGAUUACUCCAGAUUUUAUUUUCCCUGCAGGUGAGUGGUCCUGGAGGGCCCCUCAAGGCCAGCCCAGAUUUCCUUUCACAGCAAUGGAAAGAAAAAUGUUCUGAUUUUUACUGAAAUCCAUGAUUUUUCUUUUCCAUUAACAAUGGAGUUCUGCUUUUUAUUUUCAUGAUUUUUCUUUUCCAUUAACAAUGGAGUUCAGUUCUGAUUUUAUUUUAUUUUUUUUUAAGUUCUGCCCUUACAAAACCUUCCCCCAGCCAGAUCCCUGGUAAUAUAUUUUAAGAAUUUACUAUGAGGAAAUGUAAUAUUCACCUAAUUAAGAGCUUGGGUUUCUUUUCAAUGGGGUUGGGUUUCACCUGUGUUUCUCCUGUUGCCUGCAACUUGAAUGAUCAAAACCAAGGAAUAUUUUAAGGAAUAAUUGCAACCAAUUCACUGCCAUGGCUUUUGGAUAAACAAACUCCCAAUUUUCCCUUCCUGGGACCUUUUCCUGCCUGCUUGACCCUGAGCUGUGGUGGGGAGGACAAACUGGAGGCAACACAGAAAAUCCUGGGAAUUUCAGCUCUGGAAUCUCACCAGGAACAACCCCUGGGACACACAGACAUCCCUCAGGAGGCUGCCCCACCAGAAUUCCUUGGAAAAGCUGGAGCCUGAGGGUUGAGAACCAGGUGUGAGGUGAUGGGAGAAG